GCAGUGCCACUGACUCCUGGCCCCCACAUGACAGAGCGCCGCUCGAUCUGGACCGAGAAAUUCCCCAUCCCCACCCAAAUCCUCGCAAAUCGCAAUCCCCGCCACCACCGCCGCCCAAAUCCUCGGCGCCGCCGCUCGCCGGAGUCCGGGGGUUCGGCCAAGCAAGCGGCAUGGCGGAGGCGCUGACGGACGAUCUCGUCGAGGAGAUCCUCGUCCGCCUGGCGCCGGACGACCCCGUGAGCCUCCUCCGCGCCGCCGCCGUGUGCAGGCGGUGGUGCCGCGUCGUCUCCGCCCCGGUCUUCCGCCGCCGGUUCGCCCUGCGCCACCGCGCGCCCCCCAUGCUCGGCUUCCUCGCCAACCUCAGGGACGGCGACGAUGACGACGGCUACGACUACGUCACCCGCUUCGUCCCCGCCACGCCCUUCCGCCCGCGCCACGCCGAGCGCCGCGACCGCCGCGCGCUCGACGCCCGCCACGGCCGCGUCCUCCUCGCCACCAUGCCCUGCGGACCCGACCUCGAGGUCUGGGACCCCGUCACGGGUGGCCUGCGGAAGCUUCCCGCGCUGCCGGUGCGCUCGCCUUUCAGCUGGAACGCGGCGGUGGUCUGCGCCGCCCACGGCUCCUGCACCCACCUCGACUGCCGCCGCGGGCCCUUCCUCGUCGUCUUCCUGGAGUCCGACCUCCCUGAUAAGAUGCGCGUGUACGUCUACUCAUCGGAGGCUGGCGCCUGGAGCGGGCCGAUCUAUGGCCCUCCAUCCCCAUCAUAUGGGAUCGAAUUGGUUCCUACUUCCCUUGUGGGGAAUGGACUCCAUUUCUUGAUUGAUGCAACCAACAGCAUUCUCAAGUACGAUUUGACCAUGAGGAGCGUGUCUGAGUCUGAGGUUCCCUUGGCCAUGAGGAACCCGUCUGAGAUUCCCCUGCCUCCCGGUUUCCAUUCGGACUUUGCGGUGCUCACGACAUUGGAGGAUGGUGUGUUGGGAUUCGCAAGGGUGGAGAACUACAGACUCUGGCUCUGGUCAAUGGAGACAAGUCCUGAAGGAGAUGCUAUAUGGGUACAAAAAGGAUCCAUUGAGCUCGAGACGCUGCUUGGAGUUGAUGCCUCCUCCAUCCAAAAUGAUUAUGUUGGCUUUGCACACGGUGUUGGGGUCUUUUUUGUGGGGACGGAGGAUGCUUGGUUCAGUAUUGAUCUGAAGUCCGGACAGGUGAGGGAAGAGGACUGUGGUGAUGGUGACACCUUUGGUGUUGUUCCUUACACGAGCUUCUACACCCCAGAUCUUCAUCAGUAUGGAUUAGCUCCUCUCUGAACUGAUAAGUGCUGAGCAAGCAGCAAACAAGGUGCUUAAUUCUGGAUAAUGGAGAAUGCUAGUUUCUGCAGUUUGCAACUUCAUCAGGCAAACACUCUGCAUGAGGUCUCACAGAAGCAGUAGGGGGUGAAAACUAACGCAAAAACCACCUUGACCGUCGAGUUCCCCUAGAGCUUAAGUCUGUAACUGGAAUGCCAUCAUGUACUUUUGUUGUGCCUAGAUCCAUGAUCAAUGAGCAAGUUUCCGAUCAUUUUUUGUUCCUGUUAAGUGACAUACUGGCUCCGAAUGUCAGGUUCUGUGCACGCAUGUAAAUGGCUAAAUGGAAGUAGACAAACUCAGAUGUUACUGUUACACACUCCCCUUGCCUCACAUGGAAGAGUUGUCUGAAAUCUGAA